AUGGACGUGCAGGGCCGGGGGGAGCUGCGGGCGGCGCGGGCGGAGCUGGCAGCGGCCACCGACCCCCUGUGGGCCGACCCCGACGGUGACACCCCUUCGGCGGCACAGCUGCGGCAGGACCGGCUCGGGCGGUGGCUGCAGGGGCUGGCGCUGGGCUGGCGCUACCACCGGGGCAAGAUUUACCUGUUCUCGGGCCAGAGGCAGCCCUGGGCCGCGGCCGAGGCCGCCUGCGCGGUGACACACGCGCACCUGGCCUCUGUCACCAGCGCCGAGGAGCAGGCCUACCUGGCCCGGGAGGCCCGAGGUGGCUCCUACUGGAUCGGACUUUCGGCCACCGGCCCUGGCGGCUCCUGGCGCUGGGCAGACGGGACCCCCUAUUCCCUGAGCACAGUUUCUGGGCGCCAGGCCAGCCGGACAGCACUGACCACGGCCGGUGGGGAGGGGAGGGCUGCGUCCAGAUCCACCCGGUGGGAGCGGGGCUCUGGAAUGACCACAACUGCAACUUCAGCUUCCCUGGGUGUGCCAGAGGGACCUGAGUGUCCCUGA